CAAACUGUUCCCUUUUAAUUGCUACAACAUUUCAAUGUAGCCCUAUCCAUAUAGGCCAAUUCCCACAAGUGUAAGGGGUUAAAAGGAAUUAACUGGUGGUGUAAGGAAUAUGGCGGAACUCCCCCCAACCAUGGUUGUAGCAAUCCAUUGCCAUAAAUCCAUGAAGGGGAGUUAACAAGUAAAGACCAUUGGAGGAACAGGGUUUAGGGCACCAAGUCAUUUUUCAGCCAUUUUGGUGCCACUACAGCCCUUGCUUCCCAUAGGAGAGCAUCAUCACCUUGCUGAUAGAAGGGCAGCUUGGUCAGCAGCACCUGGAAGACAGGAAGGGGCUGUCUGCUGAAGGAGCUGCUGGGGUGGCCUGCACACAGCUAUGACGUUAGUCAGCUGAACCACUCCCUUCUCAUAGUUUCCUAAGGGUUGGAACACAAAAUGGAUUAGUUGAAAAGCACUAGGGGCAACAGUGAGCGCUAUUACCAUCAAGUAGACUUGGGUUUUGAAGACUGAAAAGAUUUGGGGAAGGCCCGAAAAAUUGUCAAAGACUCCAGUCACCCAAGUCAUAGACUUCUCUCUGCUACGGCACGGCAAGUGGUACCGGAGCGCCAAGUCUAGGUCCAAAAGGCUCCUUAACAGCUUCUACCCCCAAGCCAUAAGACUGCUGAACAAUUAAUCAAAUGGCCACCUGGACUAUUUACAUUGACCCCCCCCCCUUUGUUUUUACACUGCUGCUACUCGCUGUUUAUUAUCUAUACAUAGUCACUUUACCCCUACCUACAUGUACAAAUUACCUCGACUAACCUGUACCCCCGUACAUUGACUUGGUACCGGUACCCCCUGUAUAUAGCCUUGUUAUUGUUAUUUUAUUGUAUUACUUUUUACUUUAGUUUAUUUAGUAAAUAUUUUCUUAACUCUAUUUCUUGAACUGCAUUGUUGGUUAAGGGCUUGUAAGUAAGCAUUUCACGGUACAUGUGACAAAUACAAUUUGAUUUGAUUUGAAUGAUACAGAGCAGCAGGAACAACCCUAGGUGUAAAAAAAAAACACUUUGAAAAGUGACUUUUUGAGCAACUUCUAAGUUUUAUGUUUGGAGAAACGUGGAUAAAUGUCUAAUUGUGCAGUGAGACAGAGCUUGUUGGGCAGACAGGACAGACAGAUGGACACACACAGACAGCCAGUGAGAGCCAGGCCACAAAAAAGAAACAAAUGCAAUACAAAAUAGUCUAUAGUACAAUCACACUGUAAUGAAACGCUGCCCUAGCUCUCGAGCACCCAAGGCCAUACAGUACUGGAGUUCAUGAGAAGGGCUUGUAGUGCCCGUGUUCUUGAAUAGCCACAUACCACUAGAGUAACUUCAGAGUUACUUCAGUGCAUCAUAUCUUGCUUGCUGGCUGUGAUAGGCAUUAUAUAACCAUGCUAGUUAGUUAGCUAGCUAAUUGUUUCAAUGCGUCUUCUAAAAUGUGAAAUUACAAGACACAAAAGACACUUACCUAAGGGUGUUUCCCAAUGUCCCCCUUGUUUUUAAAAGUGAUGUUAUCUAGCUAGGCUAGUUGGGCCCACUGGGCUAGCUAGUACCAACUGAGCCCUUUUUAUCCGAAAUGGAAAAGUGAAAUAAAUAAAAAACAAUCAAGCUUUUCUAUACACCAGCUGGCUAGUUAGCAGAAUACACUGUUGCCUCUCAGCCUUGCCAGCAUUACCAUACCUCAGUGAGCUGUACUGGCCAUCAUUUUAAGCUGCUAGCUGGGAUAUAGAAAAUUAGGAUGAACUGUCACUCCAAAACCGGUUGACCAAUAGAGACGCAUCAUAUACCUCCUCCUUCUAAACCCUGCCUACCCGGAAUGAACGUGCCAAAACUUUGCAAAUGCAUAAAUAGGCAGUGAAAGCAAAGGGCAGGGUAAUGUAACCAAAUAUAGUACAACAAUUGCAGUCAAAGAGAGAAGUGUUUAAUUGCAAUCGCGUAAUCAUUGAAAAUGUUUCACAGAUUAUAUAUAUUUUUAAUUAAUUUACAAUUCUUUUGUUCUUGCCUUUCUAAAUUAUUUCCUUGCAAUAUUAUUUAUUUUGCUCUCAAUACUUUUGGGUUAAUGUUUGCGUUCAAUAUCAUUAUUUUUGUUUGCGAUUAAUAAGAUUUUUGUUAUCGAAUUAAAAAGUUUGCUUGAUAUUAAUAGCACAAAAGUAAUUAUAAUGUUGUUCCUGUGUAAGGUUCCUCCAGUGUGUAAAGUGUGUGAGCCAUGGAGAGAUGAGAUCUGGGCGAACCAUUCAUCUAAAGGCGUACAGGUGUACUGGAAUAACUCCAAGCCGUAUCUGUGGCCUACGGAGAAAUGGGAGGUAGCCAAGGUAAAGCACCUACAUCUGGAGUAAAACUCUGGCUGUAUUUAUCAUGUGUGCUACAUCCUGCCUUGGUAGUUGGUAUGUCAUUGUGUGUGUGUGUUUAGGUCUACAUGCCCCGUGGAAAUAUGGACCACACCACUGUGGACCAAUUUGACAUCUCAGCCUUCCUCAACCUCAUGACCCACUGCAGCCACUUUACCAAGUUUGUGAAGUCCAAAGCUCUUCUCACACAGGUAAUAUUUUCUCACACACACACUCACACACGUACACAUUUACCUGUGUAUAAGUAUGACUGUGUGUAUGUGUGCAGGUGACCAAUGUGAGGAACCAGGUGAUGCACUCAGCUGACUUCCGGGUGGAGAAGACGGAUUUAGAGACUUACCUGCGACGAAUCAAAGACCUGGGCCAGGCUCUGACAGCACACUCCCCCGAAUUCAGAGAGCUGGCAGAGGAGAUCGAACAGGUGUGUGUGUGCAUGCGUGCGUGUGCUAUUAAGUCCAUACCUCACUCCACUUUUACAUUGGGAACCUGACCGGUAUCUUUGUCCCAGAUCAAGAAUAAAGACUUCAGUUUUAUCGUGAACCAAGUUGGGCAGGAGAUUGCACAUGCGGCAGAUAAGGACAUCGAGGACAUGCUGAAUCUCCAGAAGUUUCUGAGUCUGGAACAACAGAUACUGAAGGAAAAGUUGGAGUGUCUGUCCCAACCGCUAUGAAGAGGACCGAGAGACAGCCCUUACUGUAAGACUCACAAACACACACACACACACACACACACACACUAUAAGUCCCCUCACACACACACACACACUAUGUUCUUCUAUCCUCGUGGGGACCUAAAAUUAAUUUCCAUUCAAAAUCCUAUUUUACCUAAUCUUAACCCGUAACCCUAAACCUAACCACUAACCCCUUACCCUAACCCUAAUUGUAAACCUAACCCUAAACCUAACCCCUAAGCUUAAAAUAGCCUUUGUCCUCAUGGGGACGUGGGAAAUGUCCUUGUUUUACUAUCCUUGUGGGUACUUUUGGGAAUUUUAGGUCCCCACAAGGAUAGAAGAACCAACACACACUCACACACACACACACACACACACACACACACAAACACACACAUCCUCACUGUAAGGCACCUCAAAUGUGUUUGUGUGUGUGUGUGUACCCCCAGCCGGAGGAGUUGCAGUGUGUGAGGGUGUUUCUGGAGGGGAACAAGGACCUGCAGGAGUGCCUGGCGCCACAGUGGGAGAGACUGAGCGAGGUGCAGGAAAGAGUGGACACACUCACUGUCAGAGUGGACACACUGGAGAGGAACACAAUCACACACGGUGAGUGAGGGAGAGGAACAUAGAGAGAGAGAUGGAUUCAACCCCUCUCAGGGUAUUUGUUUUCCAGAGAGAGAGCAGGGGUGUAUUCAUUAGUCGAAUUCCGUUGCAAAACAUUUUGUCUGUUGCAAACAGAUUUUCAAAGGAAACCGUUUACUCUAAGAACCAAACAAGCAAACAGAGUAAACGUAACCAAACGGGAAGGGACCUAUCUUAAUGUCCAAUAGAAACGCUUGUUUUUCAUUUGGAGUAAAUGGUUUCCAUUGCAAAAAGUUUUGCAACAGACAAAACGUUUUGCAACAGAUUCCGAAUAAUGAAUACACCCCAGGUAGAGAGAGCGAUAGCGAGAUAGUAGAGAGACAGAGGAGAGAGUUACUGAGGGAUCCAACCCUACUCAGAGAGGGAGAGGCUUACAUCUUAAAAGAUUCAAAUGAAUCUAGUGUACAACUUUAGUCUUCACUACAUUUACAUAAUUUCACACAGACAGACUUUACCAUGAACAGAGGAAAAAUAUUUACAUAUGGCGGCUGUGUGUUUUUCAGAUCCUCAGUUCACUAGUGAAAACCUCAAAUAUAAGAACCAUCUGUAUGAGGAGGCCAGGAGGCAGGGGUGGCCUGAUCCUGUCUUCUCAGAGAUAAAGGAAGCCCUCGGUAGGUCUGAACCUUAACCCUAGCCCUGGGCCUGGAGUUCUUCCUGAACAUGCCCAAAUUGUAGCCCAUAACGGUCAUCCAGACUUUCCUGGCUAGGCUACAUGGUCAGGAAAUACUCCUGGCCCUUAUCCAAAUCUGGGGUGUAAAGCAGAUGUCUUAUGGUGGGUUAUGCUGGGUUAUUUUAUAAUAUUAUAUGUAAUAUCUUUAUAAUAUCAUCAAACAGCUCUAUCAAAAUGUGUUAAUUGUAAAUGAAUGAUUUAUUAUUAUUAUGUGAAAAUGUUGGAGAUGCAUGCAGCUGUGUCCCUGUGAAGACUGACCCUCUGACUUGUCUCAAAAUGGGCUUGUCCAGGUUACAGGGGUCGUGUGAAGGUGAGAGGUCAGACGUUUGAAGGUGUUCAGGUGUGCCCAAAGUCGAAGACCGCACACCAGGAAGUGGCUAAACUGGCCCUGAGCCAGCUAGCCAAGGACAGUGCUAGCCUGAGUGAGCUAGCCAAUGAUACAGAGGAGGGAGAGGCAUCCAGUAGCCAGACGGACCAACCACAAAGCCUCUCAUGCACAGGUGCUGUAUUCCUCAGCCAAUCACAUUUAUAUAAUGGGUUAAAAUAUCGUAUCAAUAGUAUCUGUUAAAAUAUCAUAUCAUCAUGUUUUGUUUCUCAAACAACCAAUAGUCCUAAGGUGUCUGAUUGGUUAAUCUCUACCAUGUAACUCUGUCUUUAGGCCCUGUGUUCUUUGGUAGUGUCACUGUGGUCCUUAAAACUGACGUCACCUCUGGAGAGGGGCAUUCUGGAAUGACGGAGGCUGUUCAGUCUGCCUACAAGAAACUAGCUCUCCUGUUGGAUCUACCAGAAUCAGGUUAAAGACACCCCACAGUACAGUCAUGUACAUCUGCCUUUCCUGUUUUCUCUUAUGUACAUCAAAAUGUUUGUUGUCAUGGAAACUAUGUUCUUGUACUUCAGCUUCCUCCUGUAAGGAUGUGGUCCUGGAGCACUGUCAUACGCGGGAUGUCCCACCCCCAGAGGAGGCCAUCCAAUCUGAUGCAGAGGGGAAGAGCUACCAAUGCACUCUUCGAUUCACUGGACCAAUCACCUUCUAUGUCCCAGGUAACGCCACAUUCAGUAUAAGGCCAUAUGGAUACUUUAUUGUAAAUAUUAUUGUAAAUAUAUUGUGUGUAUGUCAAAUGUAUAUACAGUUGAAGUCGGAAGUUUACAUACACUUAGGUUGGAGUCAUUAAAACUAUUGUUUUGGCAAGUCUGUUAGGACAUCUACUUUGUGCAUGACACAAGUCAUUUUUCCAACAAUUGUUUACAGACAGAUUAUUUCACUUAUAAUUCACUGUAUCAUAAUUCCAGUGGGUCAGAAGUUUAAAUACACUAAGUUGACUGUGCCUUUAAACAGCUUGGAGAAUUCCAGAAAAUGAUGUCAUGGCUUUAGAAGCUUCUGAUAGGCUAAUUGACAUCAUUUGAGUCAAUUGGAGGUGUACCUGUGGAUGUAUUUCAAGGCCUACCUUCAAACUCAGUGCCUCUUUGCUUGACAUCAUGGGAAAAUCAAAAUAAAUCAGCCAAGACCUCCACAAGUCUGGUUCAUCCUUGGGAACAAUUUCCAAACGCCUGAAGGUACCACGUUCAUCUGUACAAACAAUAGUAUGCAAGUAUAAACACCAUGGGACCACGCAGCCGUCAUACCGCUCAGGAAGGAGACGCGUUUUCUCUCCUAGAGAUGAACGUACUUCGGUGCAAAAAGUGCAAAUCAAUCCCAGAACAACAGCAAAGGACGUUGUGAAGAUGCUGGAGGAAACAGGUACAAAAGUAUCUAUAUCCACAGUAAAACGAGUCCUAUAUGGACAUAACCUGAAAGGCUGCUCAGGAAGGAAGAAGCCACUGCUCCAAAACCACCAUAGAAAUGCCAGACUACGGUUUGCAACUGCACAUGGGGACAAAGAUCGUACUUUUUGGAGAAAUGUCCUCUGGUCUGAUGAAACAAAAAUAGAACUGUUUGGCCAUAAUGACCAUCGUUAUGUUUGGAGGAAAAAGGGGGUUCUUGCAACCCGAAGAACACCAUCCCAACCGUGAAGCACAGGGGUUGGCAGCAUCAUGCUGUGGGGGUGCUUUGCUGCAGGAGGGACUGGUGCACUUCACAAAUUAGAUGGCAUCAUGAGGAAGGAAAAUUAUGUGGAUAUAUUGAAGCAACAUCUCAAAACAUCAGUCAGGAAGUUAAAGCUUGGUCGCAAAUGCGUCUUCCAAAUGGACAAUGACCCCAAGCAUACUUCCAAAGUUGUGGCAAAAUGGCUUAAGGGCAACAAAGUCAAGGUAUUGGAGUGGCCAUCACAAAGCCCUGACCUCAAUCCUAUAGAAAAUUAGUGGGCAGAACUGAAAAAGCGUGUGCAAGGAGGCUUACAAACCUGACUCAGUUACACCAGCUCUGUCAGGAGGAAUGGGCCAAAAUUCACCCAAAGUAUUGUGGGAAGCUUGUGGAAGGCUACCCGAAAUGUUUGACCCAAAUUAAACAAUUUAAAGGCAAUGCUACCAAAUACUAAUUGAGUGUAUGUAAACUUCUGACCCACUGGGAAUGUGAUGAAAGAAAUAAAAGCUGAAAUAAAUAAUUAUCUCUACUAUUAUUCUGACAUUUCACAUUCUUAAAAUAAAGUGGUGAUCCUAACUGACCUAAGACAGGGAAUUUUUACUAGGGUUAAAUGUCAGGAAUUUUGAAAAGCUGAGUUUAAAUAUAUUUGGCUAAGUUGUAUGUAAACCUCUGACUUCAACUGUAGAUAUAUACUGUACGUAUUGUAUAAUGUUUAAAAUAUGGUUUCUGGUUCACUCCAGAGGGUUCCAGCAAAAAGAAACAGGCACAGCAGCAGGCAGCUAAAGUGGCCCUUCAGCGGCUGUCCGGAGUCCUCGGCAGUAAGGAAGUGGUGGGAGGGAACUACGUGAGCACCCUGAAAGAGCUGCUGGAGGCUCAGACCCCACGUCUGGACAGGCCUGUGUAUGACGUCACAGACAGAGGAAGGGGGACGGGGGAGAUCACUGAGAGAGGAGGGGGAGUGGAGGAGAGUGGAGGGGUGACAAGUGUGGGUGAGAAAGGGGGGAUAGGGAAGAAAGAGAAAGGAGUGGGUUCAGACGACGGUGAAGGCUGCCCUCACAUCCCACCAGCUCCCAUGAUACCUAGCUUGCAGCCCCCCGAGAGUCAGGUGGUCCCAGAGUCACUCAUGGAAACCUCAGUUACUAUGGACCCCAAGGCUACCACAGUCACCAUGGUUGCCAUGCAUACCACAGUCCCCAUAAAUACCACAAUUAACAUGGAGACCCAGGGGGGAGGGGCCUCAGAGUCAGACACCCACCAAACAACGCCCACCCUCCCAGAGGAGCGCAGCGUCUCUUCAGGUACACAGAAUCACAUUAAAACUCACAGCUUUAUUGUCCAUUUCAUAUUAACAGAAAACGUUGUACCUAGAAGAAACGUUAAAAAAAAUAAGACAUCCGUCAACACUGUUGAAAGAACACACUUUAAAGAAGUGUGAAAUUAAGUAAAUCAAAACGAGAGCGUCCUCCAUUUUUCAGAUGGCAAGGGGUUCUUUGCGUGUGUGAUGGUAUGUGUGCAGAAGGACCUCGCCCCACUGGAGGCCCCCACUCAAGAGGGGGCGCUACAAGCAGCCUACUGCAGUCUGCUCCAGGCCCUGUCGCUGGAUCCUCCACCUACAGCAGGUACACUACACACCUUAGAUGUGGGGGACAUCUUCAGGUAGACUGACCAUAGAUCAGUACGGGGACAACGUCAUCCUACUUUAUUGGUUAGUGGAUGUUGUUGUGACUCAGCCUAAAGUCAUUGCUGCCCUUGCAGGUGGUGAGAAGCAGAGUGUGUUGGAGUUCUUCAGACGGGCAGAGUGUGGCCCCCCAGUGGAGGACUGUGUAGUAACAAUGGAAGGAAACCACAGAUGCACUCUGGGAAUCAUAGGCGAGCUCACCUUCCAUAGCACAGGUUACUUUUUUAUACGAAUGUCAUUACAAUAGCACAUUUGAUGAGAUGUAAACAUUGGUUAUAAAGGGUAAUUGCAGUUUUUCCAGGACAUGACAUGAUCAUGUCUCACAAUCAUCUGUAACACACCCCCACCCCUCUCUCUCUCUCGCUCUCUCUAAGAGGCGGCCUCAAAAAAGCAGCAGGCAGAGCAUUGGGCAGCUAAGGAGGCCCUGAGGCGUCUGAAUGGGGUCCUGAGUGGGGUUUUGGGCGGAGACAUCAGCGGAGUGGGUCAGAACUACAAAGGUAAACUCCAGGAGCUGCUGGUUAAGCAUGGAGGACGAGGAGGAGCCAAGCCAGACUACAAAACUACAGAGGCUAACAAGAUCAGUACUGGAGCAGGUUAGUCUGGACCUCUUUCUAUCUCUUUCUCUCUCCCCACAGCUGCAAGUCAGGUGAUGGGAAACUGCUACUGCUGGCUCUGUUCUGGUCAGAGGCUAAAAACAAACACAGCACUUUUUCGAUUAUUAAUACAUUGUCUUCUCUCUGUAUCUUUCUCUGUAUGUCUGUGUCUCUCUCACUCGCUCUCUCUCUCUCUCUCAUGGCUUCUCUCUCUUUCAUGAUUUCUAUCUCAUGCUCUCUCUCCCCACAGCUGCAAGUCAGAUGACCGGGGAAACUGCUGCUGCUGGCGCCACUCUACAGGCUGACAAGUUGUCAGUUAGUGAUGCAGUUGCCAUGGAGACAACACCUGAAGAUUCCGGCCCGCCUCCGCCUAAGAGAUCUGCAGGGGGAGAGAUGGAAGGUGACUCUCCUCUCUUUGUUAUUCUGCUCAAAGAACUACCCAGGGGUUGGAAACCGGUUCAGGGUACAGAACCGAAAACCGGAAAAUAAUGACAUUUUUCAAGGAACAGAAUCAGAACCGGGAAGGAAAGUGAUCUAUACUGUUCCGGAACAAUACCGUUCUUUUAAGUGCAACCGGUUAAUAACGUUAUUUUAUGUUCCAGGCAAAAGCAACAAAAUGCAACAAAGCGCCUAUGCAAAGCCCUCCCUCUGUCAAUCAGAAACUUCUUCCAGUGUCUGCCUGCCAGCUAAAAAUCUUUGCCAGUGUGUGUGCGGGUAGGCUACCUGCCCCUCCCCCUCCGAAGCUUGAUUCAGAAGAUGGAGAGAGAGAUUUUGUAUUAGAGAAGAAUGGAUUAACUUUUUGGGGAUACUAUAGUUAUCACAUUUCACAUUGUAUUUAUUAACUACAAAAAGAUAAGACGCAUUUUUUAUUCUGGUGACGAUCUGCACACACAAGCGUGUCAGCUAGCUAGCUAUCUCUGGUCCAACGUUAAGCCAGCUCUUGUCACUGGUGUAGAGAGGAGUAGGCAGGAGGCAGUCGCAGGUUUAGGACUACUGAAUUUAUUUAAGCACCAUAGAUCAAAGCGGGACGAAACCCAAACGCUGUUGUGCUCAAACUGUAUCUUCAUAAACAAAAAGGCACAGGGCGAACCCAAAGUGCAAAAUAUAACGUUCUCAGGAAAUAGUAGGCGAGAUUCCUCUCAGGAAAACAAGUAACAUUUACAAUGACCGACAAAGACAAAUGACAGAGGGAGUAUAUAUACAGUGAUAGAGUGGGGAUUGGAACCAGGUGUGUGUGUAAUGAUGACGAGACAAGUCCGGGGUUGAUGAGUGAAGGGCAUUUGCCAGCAGUAGGUUCGGCAGCAGCUAUAAGGCCGGCAACGCCGAACACCUGAGCUGGACAGGAGGGGGAGCCAAAGCGAAGGCUGGUUAAAAGACAGUAAAAGUUCCUCUAUAGAAGCCGCUUCUCCGUAGGUGUAAUUCGGUGGGCCUAAUUCAGAUAAUGCAUGUCAUCACAGGAAGCCCAGCGCUUCAAGGCAAGCCGCCUCCUCCACCCUCACUCGCUCUCUCCCCACCCGCAGAAUUUCAGUUGCAUCUCACGUGUAAACAACUCACUGAGCUAUAGCUUGCCCUCCCCAUAGCAAACUGCUCUAUCCGCACUGCAUGAUUGGUGAAGUAAUUUAAUGUUGAGCUAAAUGUAAAAAAAAAAUAUGUUUUUAAAGGAGCCGAAAUGGAAGGAUAUAAACCUGUACUUUUUUUGGGGUUCAAACCGGUUCCAGAACUUUAUUUUGCUGGUCGGAACAGUGCAACGGAACGAAAAAAAUAAUGGUUCUGUUCAAAAUGAAACGAUUGGAAAAUAAUCUUGGUUCCACCCCCUGGAACUACCCUCUUUCUGAAUGAUUCUAAGCCUCAAUAUCAGUAAACUAGCAGUAACGUUUUACUCAGUACCUUUUACUUAGCGUGUGUUUGUGUGUGUGUGUUUUCGCACGUGUAUGUGUGCUUCAGAAAUCCGGCGGUGUCUGGCACUGUGGAGUCUGCAGCCCCCAUGUGUGGUGUGUGAGGAUGUGUCUGUGGAGCUGUGGUGUGAGUGGAUGGUGGAGGUCCGACUAGACCGCUAUACCUUCCAGAACCAGACCCUGUUUAGCUCUAAGAGAGAGGCUAUUCGCUGUUCCUACCACAGUCUGGGUACAGCGGGGGAUAUCUGCCAGCCUGGCACUGGUGAGCAAUCAAUCAGUCAUUCAAUCAAUUAAUCAGCCAGUCAAUUGUACUUGUAUGUAAAGCUUCUCAUAAAUACAGACGAGUUGAGCCACAGAUCGUUAUUUCAAAUUAAAAAGAUUACUCCUCAAUGAAUCGAUCUCACCAUCCUCAUUAUCUUCCUCCUCUCCUGUCUUCACACCCCUUCUUCUCUCUCCCCCUCUCGCUCUUCCUCUCCUCCCAUCUUUCUCUCUCUCCUUCUCUCUGUAGAUGAGAGUCAGUCCAUAGUGAAAGUAAAGAAGUUUCUCCUGCAGCGGUCGUUCCCGUUGCCUGUGGAGGAAGUAGCAGGACCAGAGGGCAGGUUCUGCUGCAAUCUCAAAGACAUCACCUGUGUCUUCACUUACCGUGGAGAGGGUAUAUAAGACCAUGAUUAGUUGGAAUGGAUUUAUUUAUCAUAUAUGAGAGAGUAGUGCAGGAUAAUGUUAGUAAAUGAAUGUACUGAAUGAAUUAACUGUAUCACAUAAAGGCAGAUUUGAUUGACAGGUUCCAGUGAGGCUGCAGCAUGUCAGUCGGCCUAUCAGAGGGCGCUGUCUUGUCUGGCUCCUUUCAUUGGCUACUGUGGUCCUGUGGCCCCAACCAGCAGCACUGAGGAUGCGAAGCAAAGGCUCAGUAUUCUGUUGGAGGGGGCAGGCCUUACAUCUACUAACUCCGCCCUUUCUGGAACUCAGUACAAAAGCUCCACCCAGCUGAGGUUCUCGGGGUAAAGACUGAUUACAAUUUAUGUAACUCUCAUUUCUAAAUAUAAAUGAAUUUAAAGUUGAAUGAAUAGUCCCUCAGUGUUAUUUUUUGAAUUUGUUGAAAAUUUGUAUUUUGAGUGAACUAUCUCUUUACCACACAAUUAUAUAAUAGACUUGUUUGUAGUGAGUAGAAGUAACUGCCUGAUGGUGGUGCAUGAUUGUGAUUGGAUUGGCAGGUACAGCAUGGAGACUGAAGGACAGGACAGUAAGAAAGCUACCAGAGCCCAACUCAGCCAGCGCUUACUGGGCCUACUUGGGGAGGAUGAGAUGGGUCAGUACCACACACCACACACACACACACACACACACACACACACACUAGUUUUGAUAUUGUGAAUCCCUCGACAGACUCCACAGCCUCAGUGAGGAACAUUCUAGAUGAGUGGUUUGCGAAGAGAGGUCUGGAGAAACCUGGAUUUGAGUACACUAAUGACAAGUUUGGGACCAAAGUCACCUUCUCCGCCCCUCUCAUCUGCUCCUACAAAGGUAGGCUUCUGACACACAAAUACACACACAUUUAAAUGUUUGUCAUUUAGCAGACGCUCUUAUCCAGAGUGACUUACAGUAGUAAGUGCAAAUAUCUUCCUACUUUUUUGUACUGGUCCCCUGUGGGACACACACACACGCUCUCGCUCUCAGGCUAUUUUCUGAUUGGCUGUUCUCUCUGUCCUUCUGAAGAGUGGCAAGCCAGCCGGGAGAAAGCUAAGAAGAAAUUAAUCGAUGAACUGCAGAGGCGGGUCAAAUACCUUUGGGAUGGAAGCACCAACUGAUGGCCCACUGACCUUUAAUAAAGAUUUACUUACCCUUGGCUCCUGCAUGAAAUGACAAAAUGUCCUCUAUUUCCCAGUCUGGAUAUCUCUCUUCCAUGUUUUCCUCUCUUUCUUUUCCUCUGUGUUUCAUCAGACUUGUGGUGUUGGUGGUAGAUGUGUCUGUCUGUAAUAGUAUGGUUUUUAUACUAUAUAAUUCACUCUUUGCAUGCACUGUUUUUACCACCGGGUUUGGUCCUGAUAUGAAAUUAUCCUACUUUUAGCAGUUCUUUGCUGUUUAAUUUUACUCUAUUAAGUUUUUGCACCGUCUAGUAACAUAAUGAAUGCACUUGUGUGCACCCCAGGUAUAUUUAUUUUUAAAUCUUUACUAAUUACCAAAGUAUUUUAGCAGUAAAUGAAAAGGAUUACAUUUUAGUAGACGC